GAGAACAUUCCCAUCGAGGAAGUUUUCACGGCGUUGAAGUGUUCGAGGGAAGGGCUAACGAGCGAUGAAGGAAACAAGAGGCUCGAGAUCUUCGGGCCCAACAAGCUCGAAGAGAAAAAGGAGAGCAAGUUUCUCAAGUUCCUUGGAUUCAUGUGGAACCCUCUCUCGUGGGUUAUGGAAUCGGCCGCCAUCAUGGCCAUUGUCUUGGCCAACGGCGGGGGCAAGCCUCCCGACUGGCAAGACUUUGUCGGCAUAGUCGUGUUGCUCAUCAUCAACUCGACUAUCAGCUUCAUCGAGGAAAACAACGCUGGAAAUGCCGCGGCUGCCCUCAUGGCCGGCCUUGCCCCCAAGACCAAGGUUUUGAGGGACGGCAAGUGGAGCGAACAGGAGGCCUCGAUCCUAGUCCCGGGAGACUUGAUCAGUGUGAAGCUCGGUGACAUCAUCCCGGCCGAUGCUCGUCUCCUCGAGGGCGAUCCCCUGAAGAUCGACCAGUCGGCCCUAACGGGCGAGUCACUACCCGUCACCAAGCACCCGGGCCAAGGCGUCUACUCAGGCUCCACCUGCAAGCAAGGUGAGAUUGAGGCUGUUGUUAUUGCCACCGGAGUCCACACCUUUUUCGGAAAAGCUGCCCAUCUUGUCGACAGCACCAACAAUAUCGGCCACUUCCAAAAG